AGCCCUUGGUGCUGCAGUGGGAGCAGGUGGCCCUGGGCUCCGCACCAGCGGCUUAAAACCCGGGGCUGGGCAGGCGCGUGGAGGUGAGCGGCAGCAGAGGCGAGCAGCGGCCUGGGCUCCCGGCUCCCAUGUGGCCCUUCCUGAGCCACACGCUCUUCCCGCCCCCCACCAAGGCCUGGCUCCAGACGGUCUCCUCGGACCCCGAGGCCCAGGGCUGGGGGGCUUGGACUGGGACGGAGGAGACCCCUCUGGAGCCGGCGCGUGGGGACGGGAGGGAGGCUGAGGAAGACGAUGACGGAGACUAUGGCUUCCUGCUGUCCCUGCUGGAGUCCGACAGCCUGGCCAAGGGCCCCGAACCUGACCAGGAGCUGGAGGCCAUCAGGCUGAAGCUGUGGACCAUGGAGCAGGCUCAGCAGGCACCGGAACAGCCCAGCCCACAGGCCAAUGCCAUGGAGGAAGAAGCAGCCAGGGCCAGGCAGCUGCUGAGCCCUGAGACUGUGGGCUGCCCUUGCCCCGGGGUCCCCAGGCAGAAGGUGGAGGCCGACCACAGAUCCAUCUACGUAGGCAACGUGGACUACGGCGGCACGGCUGAGGAGCUGGGGGCCCAUUUCCACCCCUGCGGGGAGGUACACCGUGUCACCAUCCUGUGCGACAAGUUCUCUGGCCACCCCAAGGGGUACGCCUAUGUGGAGUUCACCACCCAGCACUCGGCCCAGGCCGCUGUGGAGCUGGACGAGAGCAUCUUUCGGGGUCGCGUCAUCAAGGUGCUCCCCAAGAGGACCAACUUCCCAGGGAUCAGCUCCACAGACCGCGGGGGCUCCCGGGGGCACCUGGGCACCAGGGUGGCGCCAGGCCUGUGCGGCAGCCUCCAGGGCAGGCCCCGGGUCCGCCCUCGUGGGCAGGGCAGGGGACGCGGAAGAUUCUCCAUGUGGUUCUCGCCGUAUUGAGGGGACACCUGACUGCGUGGGCUCAGGGCUGGGUCAGGAGUCAGCAGCUGUGUCCCCAGGGGACUGCUUGUUCCAGAUAGGCUAGGUCUGCAGCCAC